AUGGGGUUCUGUAGCAUGUUGCUAUUAUCCACUAUCCUCCUAACUGCAUGGCUUUCUACUGCUAAAGGAGAAGAUACAUGUUCAAAAUUAGAUAUAGAAAUUGAGAAUGGGUUUUUUUCUGAACCGGAUUUUACAUACGUUCUAAAUAGAAAAACACAGUAUAGAUGUAAACAGGGAUAUGUAACAAACACUGGGGAAACAUCAGGAUCAAUUACUUGCCUUCAAAAUGGAUGGUCACCUCAACCCUCAUGCAUUAAGUCUUGUGAUAUGCCUGUAUUUGAGAAUGCUGCAACUAAGAAUAAUAGCACAUGGUUUAAACUCAAUGACAAAUUAGACUAUGAAUGUCAUGUUGGAUAUGAAAACGAAAAUAAACGUACCAAAGGCUCUAUAACAUGUACUCAUUAUGGAUGGUCUGCUAUACCCUCAUGUUAUGAAAGAGAAUGCAGCAUUCCCAUGCUAGACCCAAACUUAUUCGUUUUUCCCAGAGAAGUAAAAUACAGAGUUGGAGACUUGUUGAGAUUCUCAUGCCGUUCAGGACACAGAGUUGGACCAGAUUCAGUGCAAUGCUAUUACUUUGGAUGGUCCCCCAGUUUCCCGACAUGUAAAGGUCAAGUAGGAUCAUGUGCACAACCUCUUGAAAUCCUUAAUGGGGAAAUUAAGGGAACAAAGAAAGUUGAAUACAGCCAUGGUGAUGUGGUGGAAUAUGAUUGCAAACCUAGAUUUCUACUGAAGGGACCCAAUAAAAUUCAGUGUGUUGAUGGGAACUGGACAACCUUGCCCAUAUGUGUUGAGGAGGAGAGAACAUGUGGAGAGAUUCCUGAACUUGAGCAUGGCUCUGUCCAGUUUUCUGUCCCUCCCUAUCACCAUGGAGUUUCAGUGAAGUUCACUUGUGCAGAAACCUUCACAAUGAUUGGACACGGGUCAGUUUCUUGCAUUAGUGGAAGGUGGACCCAGCUUCCUCAAUGUGUUGCAACAGAUGAACUAAAGAAGUGUAAACCACUGAAGUCAACUAACAUAGAGGCAAUUCACCCAAAUAAGAAUGAAUUUAAUCAUAACUCUCGCAUGAGAUACAAAUGUAGAGGAAAACAAAAAUAUGAAUCCUCAAUCUGCAUCAAUGGAAGAUGGGAUCCUGAACCAAACUGUGCAAGAAAAGAGGAAACAUCCUGCCCUCCUCCACCACAGAUUCCAAAUGCCCAAGUGAUUGAAACCACAGUGAAAUACUUGGAUGGAGAAAAAGUAUCUGUUCUUUGCCAAAACAAUUACUUAACUCAGGACCCAGAAGAAAUGGUGUGCAAAGAUGGAAGGUGGCAGUCAUUGCCACAUUGCAUUGAAAAAGUUCCAUGUUCCCAGCCCCCUAAAAUAGAACAUGGAUCUAUUAAAUUACCCAGAUCUUCAGAAGAAAGGAGAGAUUCAACUGAGUCCAGCAGCCAUGAACAUGGAACUACAUUUAGCUAUGUCUGUGAUGAUGGUUUCAGGAUAUCCGAAGUGAAUGUAGUAACCUGCUACAUGGGAAAAUGGAGCUCUCCACCUCGUUGUGUUGGAAUUCCUUGUGGACCUCCACCUUCAAUUCCUCUUGGUAUUGUUUCUCAUGAACUAGAGAGUUACAAAUAUGGAGAAGAGGUUACAUACAAUUGUUCUGAAGGUUUUGGAAUUGAUGGACCAGCAUUUAUUAAAUGUGAAGGGGGAAAGUGGUCUGAACCACCACAAUGCAUAAAAACUGAUUGUGACUUUUUACCCACAUUUGAACCUGCCAUACUGACAAAAAAGAAAAAAAAUUCAUAUAGGUCAGGAGAACAAGUGACAUUCAAAUGUCCACCAGGGUAUCACAUGGAUGGCUCUGACACUGUGACAUGUGUUAAAACCAAGUGGAUUGGACAGCCAGUAUGCAAAGAUAAUUCAUGUGUGGAUCCACCACAUGUGCCAAAUGCUACUAUAGUCACAAGGUCCAAGGCUAAAUAUCCAUUUGGUGACAGAGUACGUUAUGAAUGUAAUAAACCUUUUGAACUAUUUGGGGAAAUGGAAGUGAUGUGUCAAAAUGGGAUUUGGACAGAACCACCACAAUGCAAAGACUCAACAGGGAAAUGUGGGCCCCCUCCACCUAUUGACAAUGGAGACAUCACCUCCUUGGCAUUACCAGUAUAUGCACCAUUAUCAUCAGUUGAAUAUCGAUGCCAGAACUAUUAUCGACUUAAAGGAAAGAAGACAAUAACAUGUAGAAAUGGAAAGUGGUCUGAGCCACCGACCUGUUUACUUGCAUGUGUAAUAUCAGAAGAUAUUAUGGAAAGACAUAACAUAGUUCCAAGAUGGAUGGAAAAUGAAAAGUUAUAUGUCAAAUCAGGGGAGAAUAUUGAAUUUGUGUGUAAUCCUGGAUACAGGAGAAAAAGAGGAUCUGCUCCAUUUCGUACAAAGUGCACUGAUGGUCAGAUUGUUUAUCCUACUUGUGAAUAA